GAGAGGAGGCGGGGCUUGGCGGGCGCCUGGGCCGUCUCGGGCUGCCGCCGGCGGGGCUGAGCUGGGCGCGCAGUGGGGCGAUGGCCGCGGACGAGCUGGCCGGCAAGCUGAGCCGGCGCCUGCAGGUGGACGAGCAGCACAAUGGCGAGGCCGAGCAGCAGGAGCCCCCCGCCGCCACGGCCACGGCCACGGAGCCGCCUCUGGACAGCGGCGCGGGCGGCGAGCUGAGCGCCAAGCUGCAGCGGCGCUGCGAGCUGAACGAGGGCGGCGGGGGGGACCCCGCGCAGCUCUCGCCGGGCCGCCGCGUCUUCAGCCCCUACACCGAGUUCCGCGAGUUCUCCCGGCGCCAGAUCAAGGAUAUGGAGCAGCUCUUCCGACAGUACGAUGCAGGGAAAGAUGGGUUCAUUGACCUCAUGGAACUGAAGCGUAUGAUGGAGAAACUUGGGGCACCUCAGACUCACCUGGGGUUGAAAAACAUGAUUAAAGAAGUGGAUGAAGACUUUGACGGCAAACUGAGCUUCCGAGAGUUCCUUCUGAUUUUCCGCAAAGCUGCUUUGGGGGAGCUGGAGGAAGACAGCGGCCUCCAUGCCUUAGCUCGCUUGUCAGAGAUCGACGUCUCCACGGAAGGUGUCAAAGGAGCCAAAAGCUUUUUCGAAGCCAAAGUGCAAGCCAUAAACGUCACCAGCCGCUUUGAAGAGGAGAUCAAAGCCGAGCAAGAGGAAAAGAAGCGGCAGGCGGAGGAGAUGAAGCAGCGGAAAGCUGCCUUCAAAGAGCUGCAGUCAGCGUUCAAGCAGUGACUGGCCGGGUGGGGGCGCUGUUGAGUCACUAACAGUUGAGGGAUUCCCAGCUUUCUGAACCGGUCCUUUGGGCUGUGCCUUUCACAACAGUUUGGUCUGCAGAAAUUCUGCCGCCUUCCAUUCGAUCCGCCAGUCCCCCUUAAUGUGAACAACUCCGGCUAAUUUUUCUGCAGACCAAGCUUCUGCCGGAAGGCACGCCUGCGGGGUCAAGCUGGAUUUUACUCUGUCUGGGUAACUGGCAGCUCUUAGAUAGUUGUGAGGACCAAUCUGGAAAUAGGACCUUCUGUAGCUUUUGAAAUCGGAAGCCAUUCGGGCUGCAAAAAACAGGCCUCUUCUAGGCGGCGGUUUCCCGCGAUCUGUAAAUACCGCAGGCAAAAAUCCCAGAGCCCGCCUUUGUCCGCAUUGCCCAGGUCUGUGUUUUCUUGUGAAUUGACGUAUCUCUAUGUUGGUGGGCGUUCUCUUUAACUCGUCGUAACCGCUUCCCGAGCCUGGCCGUUUGCACGUUCAAUUUGUGAAUCAUUUCAUAUCCCAGCCGGAAGGGUGAUAGCCGGGGUCGUGGGCCGCGGGACUGGCUGGGCACAGGAGGGUACCCUUGCUCCGAUGGCGAGGACUGCCUCUUGCUGCUUUGGCGUGCACAAUCUGCAUUGGAAAAAUGCAUUAAUUGGUCACUUUAAAGGUCCCUUUGCUUGAAACUUUGCCAAAAAUGGAAAAUGUUAUAGCUACCUGAGGUAGCAAUGUGAGUGGCCUGUGGGGGAGGGGAUCAAGAGCUUCUUGGGUCCCCUCCAAAAUUCUUCUUUGGAUUCUUUUUUUUUCUGAUUAGCUUUGACCAUCCACUGCUGCCCUGACGCAGGACAGAACUUGCGUCCUCUCUUCCCGCAUCUUUCCAAAACGCAUCUUAUGUUCGAUUGCAUCCCUUUCCCCCAGCAUCUGAUUUUAUGUCAGGAUGUUUGUGGAGUGAUUGCUGCCAUAUAAAUAAAUAGGAUCAAGGAAAGUGGCACCUCCAAUGUGUGAAUAAGGGGGGGAAAGGAUAGCAGUCAAGAAAACAGGUUUGCUGUUAAGGUUUUGUCUCAAGGAUCUGAAAGGAGAGUUGAGGAUUCUCCCGGUUACCUGUUGCCCUAGACAGCCCCUGGACUUUCUGCUGAUUUGACGAGAAUGGGAAGGAAAAUACCGUUACAGUCAUUCUGGUUGUGGGCUUCCUAGAGGCAUCUGGUUGGCCACCAUGUAAACAAAAAUGCCGGACUAAGCAGGCCUUUCCUCUGAUCCAGCUUGGCUCUUCUUCUGUUCCUAAGGUGGGUAGAUGGAUGGGUCUGCUCAUGUGCAGCUGGUGAUGGACUGCCCCUUUGUCUUUUAUUUUUACUUUUGGAAUGACCUCUUCACAUGCCACUGUCAUGUCUUGGCAUGUUUGACUGGAAGUCCUUCCCAUCCCAGAGGGUGCUGCAGGGUCACUGGGCAAUGUGAACCAGUCUACAACCAGACCUGUGUAACAUCUUUACGUGUGUGUGUGUGUUGUGUGUGUGUGUGUGUGUGUGUGUGUGUGUGUGUGUGUGUGUGUGUGUGUUUUUACCAAGGCAAUAAUUUGAGUGCUGAAGCUGUUGUGAACCAUUCCGGCAGAAGGGAUGUGCUGAUUGUAAAGGAAGUGCCUCUUCCGUGCCCUUUGUCUUUAGUGGAUGGAACCGGCAAAUCCACCCAGAUCGCAAACCACAUUGGUGAAACCCAGAAUAGUGUGUGUUGUCGUCGGGUUGUUUUCCUUAAUGUUCAUUUGUUGAUAUUCAGGCUGGGAGACCACCGGAAAGUGCUUUGAAAUGUUCAUGUGGUUUGCAUGCACUGUGAUCUUUCAAUAAAGGGGCAGACCCUACUCGUCAAGCUUUUGUACCAGAAAAUUUCAGUGAAUGGGAUAGGAAAUGCAGUUCCCCCCAAAUUAUUGUUAAUUUUUUGUUGCAUAAAAUUAGUGCUUGUAAAGGGAGCCAACAGAACCCGAACUGUCAGUUUUAUCAGCCCCUGUUCUUGUGCCCUCAAUAGCAGCUCAACAAGCCACCGUUGUCUGCUGGAUUUCGGGAACUUGGGGCCUUGCCCCUCUGAACUUAAAGAAAGGGGCCACGAAGUACAAAUUAUAAUCUUUUAGGACACACCUGGCAAAUUGGGAAAACUGUGCUGUUGGGGGGGGGGGAGUCAUAGAAUCAUAGAGUUGGAAGAGACCCCAAGGGCCAUCAAGUCCAAUCCCCCUCCCAUGUAGGAACACACAAUCAAAGCACUCAUGUUUUUGGAGAUCUCGCUGCCAUUAAGGACACAGGAGCAAAUGCGGCUGUCUUGCAAUCAGUUGAAAGCCAGAGGGCCAAGAUGCAUUUUACAAGCAGGAGUUUCUGCAGUUUUCAUUUUCGUUCCAUGCCACCACACAUUCCCAAGUUUUGGUUUUUCCAAAUCAAAACGCGCUGCAUCUCCUCUCCUGUGCAAACUCUCUGAUUUUCCUCUUUCCUUCUGGGAGAUUUUGAAUUGCUUCCUUCAUUCCAAACUACCCCCCUUUUUAGGUUAAAAAAAAUUAUUGUCUCAUUGAGGCUAUAUUAUUUUUUCAUAUGGCAACCUUGGGUGGCUUAAGGGGAAGGGGAGAUGGUAAAGGGUACGGGUGGGAAAGCAUUAUAUUAAAUAGCUCCUUCCAUUCCUUUACAGCUAUUUCCAAUAUGUUUAAAUGGAUGGAUUGGGGGGGCGGGGGGGAAUAAUGUGUUUGCUUUUGAUUCCAAAAGCCGCUCCAUUUCAGUGGUAUGAUUUAUUUUUUUUAACCAAAAAUAAAAAAAACUAUAUUUCAUAAGCA